UGUGUCAAGGAUACUUUGAACCUUUUGGACUUGGGGAAUGCUCACCGUUUCCUCGGCAACUUGCAGGAUGCCAAGACAUAUCUUGACGAGGCUGAGAUGUUGGCCGUCGAGAUGGGCGACGUGGACAAGAUCACCACGGCAACCAUCCAUCACGGGGAUUGGAUUCUUGGGAGUGGACAUCUGAAGGAGGCUAUUGCCAAGGUUUUCCAGCCGCUGUUGAAACGGAAUAUGAGCGACAAGAAUAGGGGGCUAAUGUUACAGUCAUUUGGAAAUGCUUGUAGGGCUUCAGCAGACUUCGGAACAGCUAAAGAGUACUUAAGAGAAGCCAUCGCUAUCGCCGAGCGACUUGAAGAUCCUGUUGCCGUGGCAGAUCGCCAUGGGGACUUGGGAACCACUUUUCGGUCGGGGGGGCGGUCCACCGAUGCCCUUACCCAUCAGAAAAAACAGUUUGUGUUUGCAAAACAAAGAGGUGACCAGGCAGCUCUAGUUGUAUUCUGCUUCAACAUUGGCUUCACUCAUUACUCCAUGAGCCCACCGGACUACGACAUGGCCUUGGUCUACCACGCCAUACACCUGGAGCUGUCCGACACGAUCGGGUACUUGGCGAUGAAGUCGCGUGCCUUAAACUGCCUCGGCAAGAUAUACACAGCUCUGAAGGACAAUGAGGCGGCCAUCUUGCUCCUUGUGGAAUGCUUGGAAGUCCACAGUCAAACGGGAAACCAUCGCGGAUUGGGCAUAGCCUACGGGAACAUCGGUACGGUGUACCGAGCCAUGGGUCCAGACAGACAUGCAACAGAUAGACGACACUCAUGUCCUCUUCAACAUUUUCAAUGCGGCUACCAUCAACCACAUCGUUGUCUUCCUGACCGGGACCGGAGCGAUUCCAGAGGGAAUGGGCGGGGCCAUCUACUUCAGUUGGCCGUCACCGGAGGGCGAAAUGGUCUGGAUGUUUCUCGGUUUCAUCACCAACGAAAAGCCAAGUGCCAUUUUUAAAGUAGUCGGCUUGAAGAAAGGAAGUUCUACAAACAACUCAUUCAUGCAGUCUAUGCCUGUAAAGCAGCCGAUGAAGACGAUGUCACAGAUUGGAAUCUCUGUGG